AUGGCUAGUGAGGAGAGUUUCCUAGUUCUGGUACAUUACAGAGGGUCCAUUAAGAGAAAAACCCGGUCCGGCGUUAAGUUCACUGAUAAGGAUCCCCUAUGUAUUAUCGUGACGCCGACAACCACCUACGAUGCACUUGUUAGCUCUGUGCUGGAGAAGCUGGGUCUUGAAGGCGUUAAAAGGGUGAAGAAGUUUUUCUACCGCAUUCCUACAGCGGUGCUCCAUGACACCGUGAAGUUUGAUUGUUUCACAAUCGGUAGUGACGAGGACUUGCAAGUUAUGUUUCUUUCUCGUAGGCAGUUUCCCGAGGUUAGGACACCGGAGCUGUUGGCUAAGUUGGUUGAUGUGGUAUCUAGCUCGGGUGGUUCGAACCGGAAUGCCACUACUGUAGCCGCGGUUGCCGGCUCGAGCUCGAGACCUGCUGUUGCUUCAUCCUCUGCUCCUGUGUAUGAGCCACCGAUGCAGCCUGUUGCGUCCCCUUCGUUUGCCGUUGAUCUGAGCGGCAAUGUUGGAGAUGAGGUUCGGUAUGGGGAACAUAUUCCCACCGAGGUACAUUGUCCCACACCGGCUGGUGUUGGUGAUGGUUUGUUUGAUGAUCCAGAUGACGAUGACGUGGAGCCGGAUUUCAUCGCUGAUGAAAGCGGCGAUGAUGUUGGAACUACUGUUCCGACAAGGGCUAUAGGUGGAUCUAGUUCUGGCACACAGCAGUAUCCACCCCAUUUUUCCUCAUUGGACCUGGAUGCCAUGCGGCAAGACGACAAUGAUCUGCAGGCCUCAGGAUUUGGUGCUAGAGAUACCGAGGGGUCUGCCGGUAUGAACGAGUUCCAGGUUGGCCAACAAUUUCAAGAUAAAGAUGAGGCGCUGUUGAGUGUGAAGACAUACAGUAUCCGUAGAGGGGUCCAGUACAAGGUCGUUGAGUCUGACUAUCGCAGGUAUGUGGGAAAGUGUUCUGAGUUUGGGAAUGGGUGCACAUGGCUAAUUCGGUUGAGUCUCCGACAGCGGAAGGGUAUCUGGGAAGUGAAGCGAUACAACGGACCGCAUACAUGUCUUGCCAGCUCCAUCUCCAGCGACCAUAGGAGUCUGGACUACCAUGUCAUAUCCACCUUCGUUAUGCCGAUGGUUAGGGCUGAUGCAGGUGUGAAUAUCAAGGUGCUCCUAAAUGCCACGGCCGCACACUUUGGGUUCAGGCCUACGUACAGGAGGGUAUGGAUGGCGAAGCAGAAGGCCGUUGCCGUGAUAUAUGGGGACUGGGAGGAGUCGUACAAUGAGCUCCCUAGGUGGGUUUUAGGAGUGCAGCUGACGAUGCCUGGCACUGUAGCUGUCCUCAGGACUUGCCCUGUUCGAGUUGGGGGACAGGUUGACGAUUCUCAGGUUUAUUUUCAUAGGCUGUUCUGGACUUUCCCCCCUUGUAUCCAGGCAUUCCGUCAUUGCAAGCCUUUGGUGAGUAUUGAUGGCACCCAUUUAUAUGGGAAGUAUGGGGGAACACUGCUAGUCGCCAUUGCACAAGACGGAAACUCGAACAUCCUACCCGUGGCAUUUGCACUAGUUGAGGGUGAGAAUGCUGAGUCAUGGUCUUUCUUUCUUUCCCACCUCCGUGAGCACGUGACACCUCAGCCGGGUCUGUUAGUUAUUUCAGAUAGGCACAACGGCAUAAAGGCAGCCCUCGAGGCUCCGGAUGGGGGAUGGCUACCGCCUGCUGCGUACCGGGCCUUCUGCAUUCGACACGUUGCAGCAAAUUUUGCGUUGACGUUCAAGGGAAAAGAUGCCCGGAGGCUUCUUGUUAACGCCGCAUAUGCCAAGACCGAGGUGGAGUUCGACUACUGGUUUGACAUUCUGCGCUCUGAGAAUCCGGCAAUGUGUGACUGGGCGAACCGAAUCGAGUAUUCGUUGUGGACACAGCACUGUGAUGAGGGUCGGAGAUUUGGGCACAUGACGACCAAUAUUUCGGAGAUGUGGCCUCUGCAGGCAGCCAGGACAUACUAG